AUUGUAAUAGUUUUCUUAAAUGUAACGUAAUUGACAAAAUAUGUUUAACAUUGUUAUUAGAUGUUGUUUUAUGACCAGCACUUUGCAUUUUUAAAUAUUCGGGAAAUUGGUGUGCGUGUAAGAUAUGCGCAAAGUAACGCAGGCUCCUCGGAAAGAAUCUUCCAAGAUGGCUGACACUUGUUGGUCAAUUUCGCUUUGACCGAGACUUUUCGAACGAAAACAGUGCCUUAAACCGUCGUAAUUAUUGUAAACGUGAACGUGAGUGAAUGUGAAGUGAUUAUAUUUUAUUUACACAAAAAAAAUUGUGCUCUGUAAUAAUGCAUGAUCGAGGAAAUACGAAAAAUGUGUGUUUUGGUUAUCAUUGUUUGUUCUGUUUGUGUUUAUUCGUGUAGUUAUUUAAAAUAUUGUGUACAUAAUGGAUAACACAACGCCUACAAUAAAUGAAAGGACUUGUAAUAAAAACGUCAACGGUUCAGUGAGGCGGCCUCUUCCCGUUCACGGUGGUUCCUCUCCCUCGGGAGCUGCGACCACUGCCAGCGGGGUAAGUGGCCGUCCUCACACGUUGGACUCAUCGCCGACCAAUGCUCCAGCCGCAAGUCCUGGUAGCCGCUCGCAGAUUGUGACGGUCAUUGUCAUGAAGGACGAAAAGGGCUAUGGCAUGAAAGUGUCUGGGGAUUAUCCUGUUUAUGUACAAAGCGUUAAACCAGGUGGUGCGGCUGAAAAGGCUGGUUUACGACGAGACGAUAAGAUUAUUAAGGUCAAUGGAAUAAAUGUCAUGCACUCUACCCACUACGAUGUCGUCGAGCUUAUAAAAAAAUCAAAUCAAGUUGUCUUGACCGUACAGCAGAGGGCGGGAGCUCAUAAAGAGAUGGGGUCUCCAAGUUUUGUCCAGACAUCUCGACCGCUUACCACCCCCGCCUCUCAAAGAAUUACCGGACCCCAACCAGUUGAUCACGAAAAGCAGUAUCAGCUGCAGUUGGAACGGGAACAGCAAAUUAGACUGAUGAUUGAGAAGGAGCAAAGGUUUAUUGACCAAUUAAGAAGCGAGAUAGCGAUCGCUCCGAACGAGAAGAAAGCCGAAAAAUUACUGAAGGCCGAGAGCAAUCUCCAGAAGCUUCAGUCUAUCCUGCAUCCUCAAGUUAAAUCGCAAAAUGAGCAGUCCCCGUCAACCACUCAUUCAUUCAGUAAACUAGAUGACACUCCCCCACCUUUACCAAAGUCUCCCCCGCCCCACCUUUUGAAUCGUUCUUUUACAACUCACCCCCCAAAGUUGCACAAGAUGUCGCAAAGUCUCACCCGGUCGCCCGAUUUCGUGUCCGAUAACGACUUCAGUGACGCGCCCCCGCCCCUACCGAAACGUAACAAUCGCCCCCCCGACACUUCCUCUAUAAAUUCAAUCGAUAACAAACGAACAUCGUAUGUGAACAGUAAGGCGAUGUCGAAAAGUUUAAAUUCGAAAAUACCGCGUAAAUCGUCGUCAAAAAUGGUCAAAUCGAAUUCGGAUCCGAGCGAUGGGCACAUGGUGGAGAACCUCCUUUAUUCCAUUGAUCCUUCCGUCCCACCUCCCCUGCCCCCCCGAGCUCCGGUAAGCGAUCCUUCCGGAACUCAGGACGCAGACGCUGCUAAUUCACUUAGUAAACAAAUGUUGUAUCCACUUGUGGCGACAUGCACUCCACUUAUUAACAACUGUUCUUCCAAUCAUACACAUCAUCGCACAAAAUCCAGUCCGGAUUCCUUGUGUAUGCUAACACCGGCGGAAGCCUCAAAGAGGCUCAUAGCUUCCGAAAGCAUGGACAACCUUUCGAGGUCGGAGGGGUGGGAGUCGGCUCCAACGCCUCCAGGCACUCCCCCACCUCCCUAUCCCAGUCCUCUUAACAGCAGAAAGCAGUUCUGUAGUGGGAGCAAUAGAAGCUCUGCUAAUACAGACGAUGGAGAUGGGCCGUUUGAGGAGACAACGGUUGACGUUUCGUCAACCGAUGCGUCUCCUCUAAGAACGGUUGCGACCAGUCCCGGUAACAUGGGACGGGUUAUCGCCAACAGUUCGCCCAUCCAUGCUGCAACGCCACAAACGGCACAGCAACCCAUCAUAAGCAUGGAGGACGACGAAAUAUCCGACCCAGAAGUUGGUCAUUUGGAGGACCACGGUCCGUUCAAAUCCCUCUCACGCCUGUGGGAACACACCCCACAUCUAGCUGUGUUCAUGAACUACGUCCUUUCUAAUUCGGAUCCUAGUAGUUUAUUAUUUUAUUUGAUCACCGACUUGUACAAAGAAGGCAACGCCAAAGAAAUGCGCAAAUGGGCUUUCGAGAUUCACUCCAGCUUUCUCGUACCGGGUGCCCCAUUGCGCCUUAGUAAUGUAGACGAGAACAUAGCCCGAGAAAUAGACGAAAAUUUGAGUAACGAGUUUGAUAAGGAGGAGAUCUUGAGAAAGAUUUUCUGGAAAGCGAGGAACAGAGCCAAAGAGGAACUGACGAGGCAACUGGCUGAUUUUCAGCAAAAAAGGACUGCGGGUCUUGGGACCAUUUUUGGGCCCAGUGAUGCGGCACUCAUCGAAAUCAGUCAAGACAAGACUAAAGAAAUGAAACUUUACGAGAAUAUUUUAUUGGAUAAAUUGGAACCUUAUUUGGAUGAAAUAGAUAGGGAAAAUUAUGAUCCAAGACGUUAUCUGAUGGUGGCAGCUUUGGCAACAGUUAUAACCAGAAUUUUUGGCAUAAGACCACCGGGUCACGCUCUGGAUAGGUGCCCUACAUUCGUUAAUAAAGAAAAAUCGUUUCGUACAAAGUUUAUAGGAAAAUACUCCCGAAAGUUUAAUCAUCAAGGACAUCCGUUUGUCGCGCAACAAUAUUAUACUGUGAUAGUUUGUAAUCAUUGCCACCAAAUAAUUUACGGGAUUGGACCACAGGGAUAUCAAUGCUCAGCAUGCCUAAUCAAUGUACAUAGACUGUGCAUGAAGUUAUACGAAGAUAUAUGCCCUGGUCCUUUCAACAAGAAAAAUCGUGGCAUCGACAAGCUCAUGGACCGCAUUCGACCGGAAAGUAGAGAUCAUAGGAGAAAACAGACUUCCCAGUUUAUCCAAGCGGAAAAAGAAAGACGAUCAGCCGAAGAAAAAGACAGUGGAGUGGAUUUGGACGCAAGUGGAGAAACAAAGCCUGGUCAACCAGUGUCGAGGUCUAGUUCAGAUAGAAGACCGGACUCGGUACGAGAAGAAAGUUCCAAGUCCGGAUCUGAACACCAGAACCACAACGACCAUGACGUCGAAAAUGCCAAUGUUGACAGUACGGUCAGCCUUCCUACCUACACCGGAAACAAGAAAAAGUCAUCAACGAAUAUAAAUCGGUCGGAAAGUGUCAAAGAACAAUCGGAAAAGAGAAAGCAGAGGAGAAAUAUUAGCGAUCCACUUCAUAAUACCUCAAAGGAAAACGAUGACCUAGAUCAACAAGGACUGCCUUACCCUGCUCACUCGGGCAGUUCUUCUAAUUCCAGUCUCUCUUCAAAUAAAUCGUCAGAAAGUCCAAGUACCUCCCUCGAUGCCGUAUCCAGGUUUCCAGACACCCACCCGGCUGGAACGGGAUGGGAUAGUGACAUGGAACUGGAAGCUGACCCUCCCGACUGGCAAAGUUCAGUACCUGAAGACGAACUAGCCGGCCUGCAUCCAUACGAAAAAAAAAGACAAGAUGUUAUCAACGAAAUUUUUCACACAGAAAGGUCACACGUUCGGAAUCUCAGAGUUUUGGAACAUGUAUUUUGUAAACCGUUGCAUUCCUCAAAAAUCCUCAAACAAGAGGACCUCAAUCUCAUCUUUGCGAAUUUGAGUGAACUGUUAGACCUCCACGUUCAGUUUAAUGCCGCUAUGAAGAAUAAACGGAAAGAGGAGUCGAUUGUUGGGGAAUGUGGAGACCUCCUCCUCAAUAUGUUUGACGGUACGACAGGUGAAAACUUCCAAAGAGCUGCUGCCACUUUUUGCGAAAGGCAACAACUGGCGUUAGAGUUUAUCAAAGAAAGGCGAAAAAAAGAUUCCAGGUUCGACAAUUUCCUCUGCGAGUGCGAAAAAAAUAAUUUGUGCAGGAGGUUACCUUUACAAGGAAUUCUUCCCACAGAAAUGCAAAGGUUGUCGAAGUAUCCUUUGCUAUUGGAAAGGCUGAUAGACAGCGAGGAGAAAUUGAAGGAUACAGAUUCCGGCUACACGCAGGCCGAGCUUAACAAGCUCAGGCAGGCACAUGAUCGGUCCAAAGAAAUACUGAACCACGUGAACGAGGCGGCCAAAGUUGCCUUCAACAGAGCCAGGCUCGAGGAGCUGCAGAAGCAUUUAGACACAUCUAUGUUCGAAAAGACUGAUCAUGCUAUUGUUAAUGAAUUUAAGAAUUUAGAUUUAACGAAAUAUAAGUUAAUUCACGAAGGGCCUAUGCACCUGAGGAGACCGAACAAACAGCCCCUGGCUGUCCACGUCGUUCUCUUAGAAGAAGCUGUGAUACUUCUGCAGAAAGAUGCUGAACGCUACGUCCUCAAGUUCUUUCAGGCAGGGACGCCAAACCAGCAGUAUCUCGCACCCGUCAUGAAGACUUCCUCCCUCAUCGUCAGAACCAACGCUGCAUCGAAAAGUUCCUUGUUUGUUGUCAAUACUUCUACGCACAGUCAGAUGUAUGACCUUGUGGCGAAGGACUCUGUAGAAAGGGACAUAUGGUUCAAACACAUAUCAGACGCCGCGGAGGCGUAUAACAAGAGGGAGGGUAAGUCGAAGAGGUCUGAACCUACCCCUGAUGCCGACGAGUCGGAAACUGUGCAAGAUUUACCCAGUACCAAAGACGUUGCCGAAAGGGCCGAACAAGUAUGUGCCACAGAACCCUUAAACGGACUUAAUACACCCGAGUCCAGCCCUGAGGCUGCUGGUGGUAGACUGAGUGAAGAAGAUAAAGAGAAAGGCCAGUCUGAUAGCGAAGGGGUAAUAAAUACAGAUACACCGAUUAUAAAUGGGGCUUCAGUGAAAUUGAGAGCUGAAGAUUGGCCUCUAGUUCAGCCCACUGAAAUACAUGUUGCAGCCCCUCCAGUUCUUACGGCAGAACCUGUACUUACCCCAAUCGAACAAAUCAAGCGUAAAGAUGAAGAAGUUAAAAAGGCCCUUCAAGAGAAGGAAGCUCUCGUAGCAGACCUUUUGAGCAUUCCCAGGGAGUCGUAUUCUGUAAUAGCGGACAUGGCCAGUGAAGAGGCACACAAAAAUACCUCCGAUCCUUCCGAAUUAGUCCUGGCAGCUGUCUAUCAGGCUGGUCAACUUUUGUCAACCAUCAACGAUAGUCUUAAUAUUACGGAUGCGGAUGUCAUAUUGGCUAGGGGAGGAAAACACCCUUCUUGUGCCAGCAACGAAUCAGUGGUCGCGGAACACAAACUACCCCCUGUUCCUUCAAUGCCUGUCAUCAAAGUACAAGAAAUUGCAACCACUCUCAGCUCUCAACUUACUACAUUAUUGAGUGUGGUAAAGCAGCGGGAAGAAGAGAGAGAUAGGUUGAGGAAGGAACUUCAAAGGACGCGGGAACAACUGCACGAAAAAUGCUCCUUGCACGGACCGACCCUUAUCGAACAAAACAGUAUAACCGAAGAAGAGAACGUACAAGCCGGAGACUUGGAAAGAAUAGAGGAAAGUCCAUGCGAAAACAUAACCGACUGAGAAAGCUCUACUACUACUACUAUUACUACUACUACUGUUCGAAACUUGGACUGCUAUUGACAACAAACACCAUUACCAUCACCAAUCGACUUUGUAUAAAUAUUUAAUGAAAAAAAAAAAAGUGGAAACACGACGUAAUGUCGAAACAUUUGUAUUAAAGUAGUCUUUGUUUUAUACUAAAAAAAAAAUGCAUGUAAUUUAUGCA